AUGAGGAAAAGUUUUUGGGACUUCUGCUAUGAAUUGAAAAACAAACAUCCCAGGGAUUAUGUUGGUGUUUUUAUGGCGUGGAAACCCGCGCUGUUCGUGCAAACGGCUGAGCUGGCGAGGAAAGUUCUGGUAAAAGACAACGACCAUUUCCAAGAUAGAUAUUUGUAUUCGGGGCAUUCUGAUCCCCUAGGAUCGCUCAAUCUAUUCACGGUGAAGAAUCCAAUAUGGUCGGAGAUGAGACAAGAAUUAUCGCCGAUGUUCACUUCACUGCGGCUUAAGAAAAUCACGGAACUGAUGAAUAUCAACUCCCAGCAGCUGGUGCAAAAAGUCCAGAGAGAUUACGUCGAGAAAAACGAGUGUGUUAAUCUAAAGGAGCUGUUUUCGAUGUACACGUCAGACACUGUGGCGUACAGUGUUUUUGGCAUUCGGGUGAGCGUCCUUAACGACCAGCUGUCGCCUCUCUGGGCUAUUACAAGUCACAUGGUGAAAUGGACGUUCUGGCGAGGUCUGGAAUUUUCGAUGAUAUUCUUCAUGCCAGCCAUUGCAGCUUUAUUGAGAUUAAAGUUCUUUUCGGAACCCGCAUCCGAAUACAUCAAGAAGAUAUUCUGGGACGUCACGGAAGAGCGGAAAUCUAAAGGCACAAGCAACGACAAAGAUCUCGUCAACCAUCUCCUCAAAUUGAAGGAUAACUUGAAACUUCCCGCCAAUUCUGAUUCUGAACUAGCCGACAACUUAAUGUUGGCACAAGCGGCAGUGUUUAUAUUGGGUUCUGUGGAAACUUCGUCGACUACACUUUCGUAUUGUCUGCACGAACUUGCAUAUCAUCCGGAGGAACAGGAAAUAUUGUAUCGCGAAGUGGACGACGCGCUCAAACGAACAGGAAAAAACAUUUUGGAGUACGAUGAUCUCAUGGAAUUGAAAUAUUUAUCGGGCUGCUUGAGAGAAACAAUGCGGAAAUUCCCACCGGUGCCAUAUUUGGACAGAAUAUGCAAUAAAACGUACAGAUUAACGGAUGACGUGGUCAUCGAAAAGGGAACACCGGUGUUCGUGAACGUUGUCAGCAUUCAUUACGACGAGAGGUACUUCCCCGAGCCGAACGAAUGGCGACCAGAGAGGUUCUCAGCCACCUCUGACAGUGAUAACGUACAAUUUACCUUCAUGCCAUUUGGAGAGGGACCACGCUUUUGUAUAGGUAAACGUUACGGAAUGAUGCAAAUGCGGACAGCGUUGGCACAGCUCAUUCAUAAAUACAAAAUAGAGCCUUCAGUCCCGCGGGAAGUACAAAGUGAUCCCUACAGCGUUAUUCUGGCGCCUGCAGAUGGCGGUAGUGUUAAGUUUGUACCACGAUAA